UAUGGUCUAGGAGGAAGGGCAUCAACAGUCRACAUCAUCAAACAUGGCGGCGGUGAACGGAGAGGGCAAAUUUGUAGAAAAAGUUGAGAUCAAGGAAAAUCAAAAUGAUUCAGAUCAAACAGAAAUUUCCCUAUCUCCAGAUCUAGCUGCUGAAGAAGCAAAAAGAGAAGAAAUUAGAGCCAAAAUUCGCUCGAUAGAAGAAGAAGUUGUAACUUUACGCCAGGCUUUGGAAAGGAAAGAGAACCAACUAGCAGAUCUAAAGAAAGAACUUGGAAUAACAGCCUGGUCGCAACUCAGAGAAGGAUUAAGUAAUACAUACACUGGUGUACAGCAGUCCCAGAUAUAUCAAAAAACAUCAGAAUCAUUGAAGAAUGUUAAUGAAAAGAUAACACAUUCCGAGGCCUAUAACAAGCUGAGUCAGGGAGCAUCAGCUACUAAAGGAGCCUUAGUAGAUGCUGGAGGAAAAACAGUGAAUGCAGUGAAAAGUGCUGGUACUGCUGCUUCUAAAAAACUAGGAGAAAUCAGAGAAUCUUCAUCAUUUCAGUCCUUUGAAAGUAAAGUCCUAGCAGCAUCAGCAACUAUCAAGUUUAAGAUGCUCGGAGGGCCUCCAAAGAAUGAGGAGAAAGAAUAUAAGGGUGGUCUUGCUCCAGCACCUGAUAACGAUAAAUCAUGAAGACUAUCAUGUUUAACCCUAAUUAUGAAAUAGCUACUUUUGACUAUAAAAUGGUGUAAAAAUAAGCUAGAAAUAUGUACAUCAAACAUGUUUAUAAACGCAUUCACACACUCUUAAAAAAUAGAUGUCUUAUUGUUGGAUUUCACUUGACAUCAUUUCCUGUCUCGUGCAGAAUGUUCAUCAGCGGAGUAUUUUUCCGUUUGAUAGCACUGGUGGUCAGUUUUUGACCACCAAUUUGGUGCAGAUGAGGUUCAAAGACUCUUAUCAGCUGGGCCAGGUUGUACGAAGCCUGGAUAGUGCUAUCCGACAGAUAAAUCUUUUCCAAUGGAUAAAUAUAUUGGAUAACAGGAUCAACUUAUCCACUGGAUAAGGAUUUAUUCGUCAGAUAGCACUAUCCAUCCUUCGUUCAACCAGGCGCACAUGGAAACCAAACAAUAUGCACAUUCCAAAGAGUGCAUGUACUAUUUUUACAAUAACUUACAAAUUUCUCACACGCUGAUUAACGUCAAUAAGAGGACAGACAAAUAAAGCUGACGUCAACGAGCACAUGCUCUUUUUGUUGGUUCUUUUGAUCACUAAAAAUGAGACGUUUUAAUCGUUUUUGUUAUUGUAAAAAUCAGUAUUUUAUAUGUCUGUCCUCUUAUUGAUGAUAAAUUUCGUCAUCACAUUGUCAAAGUAGCGUGGAUCCACGAGGCGUGGUGCAAUUUAUCGUCAAUAAGAGACAAGACACAUAAAGCUGAUGUCAAUUGUUAAGUAGAGACUACCUAACUCUUAACCCCCUUAUUCCUUGGAGAAAAACACUGUAACAAAAUUAACAACUUACGUAAACGUGAAAAGAAUAUUAGCUGCCAUAUCUAUAAACAAAUUGCCUUGUAAUGCUACUAAAACGAUGUGAAUAAUGCGAAAUAACUAGUCUACAAAGUAGAGGUAUUUAACUUUAUUAAUAUUAGUUGAAGUUAUGCUAGAAAUCUGUACAGGUUUUUUUAAAUAUUUGUACAAGUAAAAUAUGUUAAGGCGUUUUGCUCAUGAAUUCAUCUAUUUACUGUUUAUCAAGUUUAAAAAUUUAUAAUGAUUAAAUUUUGGAGUUGUUA